UAAAUGUGUAUGUUUAUGCUUAGAGCAGAUCAGUCAGCGAUUGGCACACGAAGUUGGACUAAAAAUUUACUCAGCCAUGCUACGAAGUAGCUUGGUAAGGCUAACACUAGCCAGUACUAGACUAUCCCGGAAUUUUGCCGCCAAAAAACUUGACGGGAGAAGAUGCAUUUCCUCUUCAGCAGCUCUGCAGGGUACCAAGUACUACUACAGAGCCAUUGCCACCGAGCACCCGAGGGGCCGUGUCAUCGCUGGCGAUCUGCUGGUGGCCUUCAUGUGGUACUGGAUUCUCUACCACCUGUGGUACGAGCCGGAGCAUCUGUUUGGCGAGUUUGAGUACCCGGACACCUCCAAGUGGACGAAUGAAGAGCUGGGAAUACCUGCUGACGACGAGUAGAAGUGCUUAGCCGGUGGUGACCAUGGUGUGUAAAUACAGGGAAUGUGUAAC